UAAACUCUGGACAAAAUAUUCAAAAACAGCUUUCUGAAGGUGCUGAAGAGCAACCAAAACCGGACACGUAAAAGAAUAGAAAUGGGAGUUGACAGGUAUAAGAAAGUAACAGUAUUUUGUAAAAUUCUUUGUUUCUUAUGAUUUUCUAUUUAGGGACAAGCCCCGAUCUACAUCAUGAACCAGAAGUUAUGGACAAUCACAGCAGUUUGAACAUGAGAGAAGCAAUUCUUGAAACAAAAACACAAGAGAGAAGAAGCCCCAAAUAACCUUGGACAAAUGUCUGGCUCAGCCAUGAACUACUCACAUCCAUAAGAUUUCAACUGAUGCCAACUAUUGAGUUCUGCAGUUUGAGUUUAUCCAAGUAAACGGACACCUUAAAAUUUGUCAACAAAAUUCAGAAGAGCGUAACAAAAUGUAGAAUCUCUACACAGCAUUAUUCACAGCAUUCACGAUAACAAUCCAAAAUUACUUCACAUACAAAUAACAAAGAAAAUAUAGUCCAUUCAUGAAAUAAAACAUGAUCAAUAGAAACCAAAAUCCAGAGGACCCAGAUGCCUGAAUAAACACAUAAAGAUUUUAAAUCAAGUAGUAUAACUGUGUUCAUGGAACUUUAAAACACAUCUCAUAAUGAAUAAAAAGACUGGGAAUCAUAGCAAAGAAUUACAAACUACAGAGUCAAAUACAAAAUGUACAAUAGAAAGCUAUGACAUUUAAAUUAAAAUGUUCACAGAAUAGGCUAAGUAGCAGAUCAGAUAAAAAAAAAAAAGAGCCAAUGGAAUUAAAGGUAAAUCAAUUUAAGUAUUUAAUCUGAAGAAAAAUGAGAGGAAAAAGAUUGGGAAAAAACAAAUAGAACCUCAGGAGCCUAGCCAGCCGUGGUGUUGUGCUGUGGGGAAGAGAGACAGAUCUGUAAACCCUGGAGCCAGGGAGCCAGGUUCUGCCGAUCCAACGCCCCUGCUGUGCAGAGACCCUGGGUGAAGCCACCGUCACCAUGUCUGACCAGGAGGCAAAACCUUCAACUGAGGACUUGGGGGAUGAGAAGGAAGGAGAAUACAUUAAACUCAAAGUCACUGGACAGGAUGGCAGUGCGAUUCACUUCAAAGUGAAAAUGACAACACAUCUCAAGAAACUCCAAGAAUCAUACUGUCCAAGACAGGGAGUUCCAAUGAAUUCACUCAGGUUUCUCUUUGCAGGUCCGAGAAUUGCUGAUAAUCAUGCUCCAAAAGAAGUGGGAAUGGAGGAGGAAGAUGUGAUUGGAGUUUAUCAGGAACAAACAGGGGGUCAUCCAACGAUUUAGAUAUUCUUUUUAUUUUUUUCUUUACCCUCAACCCUUUUUUAUUUUUAAAAAUAGUUCUUUUGUAAUGUGGUGUUCAAAACGGAAAUGGAAACUGGCACCCCAUCUCUUUAAAACAUCUGGUAAUUUGAAGUCUAGUGCCCAUUAUUCACGAUCACUUGUUUUCAUUGUGCUGAUUUUUGGUGAUCAAACCUCAGCCCCCUUCAUAUCGCACUCUCCUGUUUAAAAAAAUUACAUGUGUGCACAGAGAGGCCACCACCUUUUCCAGGACUGUGCAUUUUCAGGCUUGUGAUAAAUAAGGUUGACCAAUGCGAGUGUUCAUAAUGACUUUCCAACCGGCCCUGAAGUUCUAGUAUGUGAUUGCUUUACUCCUGGACUAUGACUUUCAGUGGGAGAUGGAAGUUUUUCAGAGAAGUGAACUGUGGAAAAAUGACUUUUCCUUAACUUGAAGUUUCUUUUAAAAUUUGAGGGUCUGGACCAAAAGAAGAGAAAUAGCAAGCUGGAGUCGAGAUGACAGAGAUCGCGAGAGUAAUGACUAACUCCAAAGACGGCUUCACUGAAGAGAAAGCAUUUUAAGAUAAAAGUCUUGUCAGAAGAUCCCAGAAAAGUUCUAAUUUUCAUUAGCAGUUAAUAAAGUUAUUCAUGCAGAAGUGUGUUCAACAGAACACUGUUCUUUUUUAUUUUAUUUGCACUUUUUGGCCUGGGAUGUGGGUUUUAAAUGGACAUUGUCUGGACCAGCUUCAUUAAAAUAAACAAAAUAUUUGUAGAAACAGUUAAAAAAAAAAAAAGAACCUCAGGGACAUAUAGUACAAAAUUAAAGAUCUAAUAUAAAUGUAAUCCCAGUAAAAAAGAGGAAUAGAAAAUAAAAAUAUUUACAGAAAUCAACAGCAAUAAAAA